AUGGCAUCCCAUCGAAGCGUCGCGGUGCUUGAACCUGCAACUUCAGCGUCUUUGAAUGUCCAAUAUACCUCCCCAGCUUCGCCAUUGAAAAGGAGGAAAAUAUCCCACGGAGACCGCGAUGACAGCUUAUUUCCACCUACCAUCACUAUCCAUCCCCAUGGUCCGUCCGCAGACAGGCCGCAGACUCUCGCCCCGAUCGCUUUGCUCCCACGUUCGAAGCUUCCGUUGUCAUGGCUCGACCCGUUUCCGGGCUCUUCACAAUCCAUUCAAUCGGGUAAACUCUUUAUAUCUAACAUUUUCGCUCUCGAAACUGCACUACGAAAUAAAAAUGAAGGCGUCGUAUUAGCGGCUCGCCUCGCUGGAAAUUUUUCGAACUCCUCGGGUUCGGUAGAUGAUACUAGCUGCCGGGAGGAAUUAUAUGUUAUUGAAAGAGUAAAAUCAUGCUUAUACGCAGUAUAUGCCUUGGCACAAUGCAUUCAAGAGGGGGACUUGGUGGUUGCAUCCAAAGGCUGGAAACCUAAAGCAGAGGCGAACUACUCGUUCUUGGAACCAAAGACCGGAAAAGAGGAUUGGUUUGAGAGAGCCCAAAUUCCCGGUGCUUUCGAACACGAAGAUCCCAUGAAUUCUGUCACCGGCAAUUUGCAGCUGGUUUUUGGGCAAGCCACCGAAGACACAAGCAUUAAUGGGCCGUCUCAUUGUACGCCGGCAGAAGCUGCGGCAAUCGAAUUGGCAUCAUUGGAGUCGGAAGCCCAGCCGCAAUUUCUAGUACCCGAGAAAACUGAAGCCUUUCAGCCCAAAGAUGCUACCACAAUGCGCCUUUCAGACCUCUAUUAUUUCUACCGAGAAUGCAUCGUUCCCGUAAAGAGGAUAGACACUAAGUAUCGUGACUCUAUCCCACAAAUUAUACGAAAUCUUCCUUUAGACAUGUGUCAAGGUAAUAUGUUACAUCCUUCAUCAAACGGCAGAAGACGCAAAAGUAAAAAGAGAAAGUUGGGAAGAGAUGGUUUAUAUCCAAACGAAGAGGAACUGAUCGCAAAAUGGUGGAAGCAUAGAAGCGUAACGGAGUCUGCUUUAGACCAGUCUUUCGGCGAUGGGGAAUUGAAACGACUCAUAGCAGAUCUGCGUUUCCGCGAAACGCAGCUUCAAAUACUUUUGAUUCUUGAAACGAUAUCUUUGGAGAGCUCGACCGGUACAAUGGAAGGAAAUUCAAAUUCAGAGCCACAAGAUUCAAAACCAAAGAAGACUUCGCACAAAAAACCAGAGGACUUGAGUGUUCUUCUUGAAUUGCUAGUGGACAGGCUAUGUAUAUGGCAUACGGUGGGCACCGAUGAUGCUAUGCCGCUCGAUGCUGUCAACAAGCAAGACAAGAGUCAACCAGGUAAAGUGGAAAAUGAUAAACUUCGCGAUUUUUGCACGGAGGUUAUUAUUCCCUUCUACGCCUCCCGAGUCCCAGAGCAGUGCAAAUCGCUUAGCCGCAAAUUAGGCGGCCCGGUAUCUACGUCACCUAAACGUCCCGCGAUAUCCCGCAGGAAGUGCUCGACAGAAACGGCCGACGGCACGGUCAAUCGCCCCAUUCAAAAGCCUCGUCGGACAUUGCAACGCGUGCUGACUGACGAGAAAAUGGCCGCAGCUCGCGUUGUUCCCUCCUUGACACGCAGCAAAACCGACACGUGUGCACGAGAACUUAAAAGAGAAUCCAGUGAAUCCGCUUCCCUAUCGUUGAUAUCAAGCGGACGGGGCGCGAUCCAAAAACCUAAGCGCCGAGAUAAUCGGGAAGUUGAUCUCGAUGCCGUUGCGAAACAACAUGAAAUGAAGCUCAAAAAGAUGGCUUCGCUGCUUGAACAGAAACAAGAGCUCGAUGCCGCCAUCAACGCUUUAAGAAAACCUAACAGGGAGCUGGUAUCCCGAGAUUGGGUUGAUUCUGCGGCGAAAAGAGCUUCAACCGGGAGCUUAAGGAAGCAAAAGGACCCUAUCAGGAACCCGUUUGGUGAAAAGGUGCAGGUAAUGGCGACACCAAGAGGUGCUAGAAAGAAGGAUCUGGGAAUGGUCAGAGUGCCUUCUCUAUCAAAAAAAUGGGAAAGGUUGAAGCAAGAGACAGCUUCAUCUCCAUCAUUAGAGACCGAUGAACAAACCGUUCCCUCUUCUGUGCCACGCCAUUCUUUUGAAUUAGGGCGCAAUACGUCUACAGCCAUUCCUAAGUUUGUUCAAGAAACUCCCUCGAAACCUAUCUUGCAAGCACCCGGGCUCGUCCAACCUGAUUUCCUGAAUACUGGUGAAAACUCUUCCAAAGCUCACAAAAUAUUUCGACAAUCCCAGCAUAGCUUGCCUGUGGCCAACAUUACCACUCCCACUAAACCUCGGGGAAGCGGGAGCACCGAUGAGGUUUCAGCUUGUUAUGUAGCACAUGGCAUUCGGAACGGGAACCCGUUUGCUACCCCUUGUGGUAUCAAGGAGACCCCGCCUCAAUCUCUCCUACGUCGUUUCAAUACAUCACAAAGCUCUAUAAGUGCGUCGGCUUCGCCAUUGAAACCCGCAGACCCGGUGAUAUUCAGCACACCGGCGAAGCGAACUGAGCUGGUAGUUAGCCAAAGUACAUCUAACAAAUUUCAAGGGACUAUUGGGCUGCGGCAUGGCCAAUCAGAAUCUAUAUACAACCAACUUGGAUGGGAUGGUGACGACGACGAUGACGAUGAUGACAAUGAUGAGCUAGCAUUGCCAUGGAGUAACGGGGUAAAUGAAUAUUAA